GGGCUGUGCGGCCCGGCUCUCCGGCGGCAGCGAGUGCCACGUCCCAAGUGCUACGCGGAGGAGCAGAGCGGGCGGUGCGCGGGGGGCGGGAGCAGCGCGGAUCCCGGCUCGGCCACACAGAUCGCCCGCCGCCAUGGGCUCCUCGCAGAGCGUCGAGAUCCCAGGCGGGGGCACCGAAGGCUACCACGUUCUACGGGUACAAGAAAAUUCCCCAGGACACAGAGCUGGAUUGGAGCCUUUCUUUGAUUUUAUUGUUUCUAUUAAUGGUUCAAGAUUAAAUAAAGACAAUGACACUCUUAAGGAUCUGCUGAAAGCAAACGUUGAAAAGCCUGUAAAAAUGCUUAUCUAUAGCAGCAAAACAUUGGAGCUGCGAGAGACCUCAGUCACACCAAGUAACCUGUGGGGCGGCCAGGGCUUACUGGGAGUGAGCAUUCGUUUCUGCAGCUUUGAUGGGGCAAAUGAAAAUGUUUGGCAUGUGUUGGAAGUGGAAUCAAAUUCUCCUGCAGCACUGGCAGGUCUUAGACCACACAGUGAUUAUAUCAUUGGAGCAGAUACAGUCAUGAAUGAGUCUGAAGAUCUAUUCAGCCUUAUUGAAACACAUGAAGCAAAACCAUUGAAACUUUAUGUGUACAACACAGACACUGAUAACUGUCGAGAAGUGAUUAUUACACCAAAUUCUGCAUGGGGUGGAGAAGGCAGCCUAGGAUGUGGCAUUGGAUAUGGUUAUUUGCAUCGAAUACCUACACGCCCGUUUGAAGAAGGAAAGAAAAUUUCUCUUCCAGGACAAAUGGCUGGUACACCUAUUACACCUCUUAAAGAUGGGUUUACAGAGGUCCAGCUGUCCUCAGUUAAUCCCCCGUCUUUGUCACCACCAGGAACUACAGGAAUUGAACAGAGUCUGGCUGGACUUUCUAUUAGCUCAACUCCACCAGCUGUCAGUAGUGUUCUCAGUACAGGUGUACCAACAGUACCGUUAUUGCCACCACAAGUAAACCAGUCCCUCACUUCUGUGCCACCAAUGAACCCAGCUACUACUUUACCAGGUCUGAUGCCUUUACCAGCAGGACUGCCCAACCUCCCCAGCCUCAACCUCAACCUCCCAGCACCACACAUCAUGCCAGGGGUUGGCUUACCCGAACUUGUAAACCCAGGUCUGCCACCUCUUCCUUCCUUGCCUCCCCGAAACUUACCUGGCAUUGCACCUCUCCCCCUGCCAUCCGAGUUCCUCCCGUCAUUCCCCUUGGUUCCAGAGAGCUCUUCUGCAGCAAGCUCAGGAGAGCUGCUGUCUUCCCUCCCGCCCACCGGCAACCCACCCUCCGACCCUGCCACAACUACUGCAAAGGCAGACGCUGCCUCCUCACUCACUGUGGAUGUGACGCCCCCCACUGCCAAGGCCCCAGCCACGGUUGAGGACAGAGUCGGCGAGUCCACGCCAGUCAGCGAGAAGCCUGUUUCUGCGGCUGUGGAUGCCAGUGCUUCUGAAUCACCUUAACAUUGAACCGUUCUUCGGAAUUGGCGUGGUAUAUUUAUUUAACCACGGGAGUGUGUCUGGAAAUGCAAACUAUCAUUAAUUUCAUACUAGUUUGUACCGUAUCUGUAGGCAUCCUGUAAAUAAUUCCUACAGGGGAUACUAAACGAGGACGUGGGUUGUUUCCUGCCAAGUUGAGUGGGGCUCACGCGCUAGGGCGAGAUGUCAGAAAGUGCUUGUAUUUUAAACAACCAAAAAGAAUUGUAAGGGUGGCUUGCUGCCAGGCUUGCACUGCCGUUGCUGCGGGUGUGCAUCUUCGGGAAAGGUGGUGACGGGGCGUCCACUAGGUUUCCUGUCCCCUGCUGCUCUUUCCGUAAGAAAAUGAAAUAUUCUAUGCCUAGUACUCACACGCAACAUUUCUUGUACUUUGUAAGUCGUUUGCGAGACUGCAGACCACUUCACAAAACUAAACGGUAAAGAGAUUUUACUUUUGGUCUCCGUGAGUCGCAUCUCUAUUAAGGUUUACACAGGAAUUCCACCUGAAGACUUGUGUUAAAAUUCCACAGCGCUCACUGUUAAUUGAACGUCUUUUUCUUCAGCCUAUACACGGAUCCUUGUUUUGAGCUCUCUGAAUCACUCAGACAACAUUUUGUAACUGCUGCUGUUGCUUUCUACGUCCACCUUAUAAAGUGGCAUUUCAAAAGAAAUAAAGAAGGUGUCACAGUUUUAAACCAGAAGGUGGCACUCUGUGGCUCCUUGUAGUAUUAUAGCUAUACUGGGAAAGCAUAGAUACAGCAAUAAAGUACAGUAAUUUUACUUUUUUUCUUGUGUUACAUCUAAAUUACAACCCUUAAUUGCCACGUGUGCACUUACUACUCUCCGGUAUGUCAUGCAUCUUUAACUUUUCAUGUCCUAUGUUUGCUUUCUCCCG